AUGGUAUAUCUUAGUUUGGAAGGUUUAAAAAUCUUGGAUGCUUUGAUCAGUGCAAUUCUGCAUUCAUGUCCAGAUAUACGCUUUCUUAUUCUUAAUCGAAGUUAUGGUUUUAGUAAUAUACCAAUUAUAGAAAUUGCAAAAUUUUGUCCGAAAUUAAUACACUUAAGUCUUAAUUCAUGUAAAUGUCUCACUAAUCGAUGUAUUACUGAAAUUACCCACUCAUGCCCAAAACUUAGACAUCUUGAGCUUGGUGAUUGCUCGAUUGGUAAUGAAGCUAUCGAGGAGAUAGCUGACAACUGUACUAAUUUGAAAUAUCUUAGUUUGAAGGGAUGUAGAAGGAUUAGUAAUGAA